AUGGCCGGAGGCGGUCCCCGCUUGGUGAACAGCGACCCAGCUCCUCGGGCCUGUCCGCACUCGUCGUUUUCCGGUCACCUCCGAGACGCGAGGUCGGCGAUGCGGGCGCGCAGUUCGCUUUUAACACUCGUCGCUAACCUGGAUUUCUUCCGUCCUAGCGCUCGGAGCCGCCGGCGCCCACCAGCGGGAGGGGGGCCCGGACAUCCCCGUUUGGAAGAAGGGGAGCCCCGGAGGAGGAGAGCUGCUGCUCCGAAGGAGGAAGGCCGGCCUCCUGCUCCCGAAGGAGAGAAGCGGCCCCGAGUCCUGCUCCCGCUCAGCCCCGCAGCCAUGGCCCCUGGGAGGCGCCGCCCCCCGCCCCAGGCAUUGGUGGCCUUCAAGGAUGUGGCCGUGGACUUCACCCUGGAGGAGUGGGCCCUCCUGGACCCUUCCCAGAAGGAGCUGUACAAGGAGGUCAUGCUGGAGAACGCUCGGAACCUUCUCUUCUUGGGACUUCCUCUUCCCAGAGAAGAUUUGCUCUCCCACUUUGAGCGAGGGGAAGGUCCGUGGAUGCCUGAGCAAGCAGAGCCCCGAGGCCCCCGCCCAGAUAAAGAAACUAGGCUUGAAAUAAGGGAGACUGCUUCAGAGAUGGAGUCACACCAUCAAAGAUUUGUGAAUGAUGGUCACUGUGACAGUUUAAGAGAAAACUGUAACUCUGAUAUCAAGAUGAAGAAAAAACAAGAGAGUUACUCUGAAUUUGAUAAAUAUGGAAAGAGUUUCAGACAAUGUUAUGUUUUAAUUCCAUGUUUGAAAAUGACUUCAGGGAAACUCUGCUCUCAGGACAGUAAAUAUAGGAAAAGCUUUACUGAUCAGGGAAAGGUUGUUAAGUCUCAUGAGAAGCUUUCUGAAAUACAGACUUAUCAAUGUAAUCAAUGUGAGAUGGUCUUCAGCUUGAAUUCAGACCUAAUUAAACAUCAGGAAAGUCAUACUGAGAAAAUGCACUAUGUUGAUAAUGAAGGUAGGAAGGCCUUUAGAGAAAAUUCAAAGGUAGAUGAUCAUCAGAAAACUCAAAAUGAAAAAAAAUAUGGAUGUAAUGAAUGUAAUAAAUCCUUUAAGCGACAGUCAUCCCUUAUUCGUCAUCAGAAAUUUCAUACUAGUGAAAACCAACAUAAAUGUGUGCAAUGCGGAAUGGCCUUCAGGCGACAGUCAUCCCUUAUUUACCAUCAACGAAUUCAUACUAGAGAGAAAUCUCAUAGAUGUCAUGAGUGUGGUAAAGCUUUCAGUGAAAACUCAUCUCUUAUUGCACAUCAAAGAAAACACACUGGAAAGAAACCUUAUCGAUGUAAUCAAUGUGGAAAGACUUAUAGAUGCAGACGCAGUCUUGCUGAACAUCAGAAAAUCCACACUGGAGAGAAACCUUAUGAAUGUCAUCAAUGUGGCAAAACUUUUGUUGAAAACUCAUCCUUUAUCAUACAUCAGAGGAUCCACACUGGAGAGAAACCUUUUGAAUGUGAUCAGUGUGGAAAGACUUUCAGACAGAGUUCUAGUCUUGCUGUACAUCAGAGAAUCCACACUGGAGAAAGACCUUAUGAAUGUAAUCAGUGUGGAAAGAGUUUCACACAGAGGGCUAGUCUUGCUGUACAUCAGAGAAUCCACACUGGAGAGAAACCCUAUGCGUGUGAUCAAUGUGGAAAGUCUUUCAGAUGUAGCUCCAGUCUUGCUCAACAUGAAAGAAUCCACACUGGAGAGAAACCUUAUGAAUGUAAGCAGUGUGGAAGGGCUUUCAGCUGUAGAUCCAGUUUUGCUAAACAUCAGAGAAUUCACACUGGAGAGAAGCCUUACGAAUGUAAUCAAUGUCAAAAGACUUUUAGAUUCCGCUCCAGUCUUGCGAAACACCAGAGGAUCCACACUGGAGAAAAACCUUAUGAAUGUAAUGAAUGCGGAAAGACUUUUGGACAGAGCUUCAGUUUUGCUGAACAUCAGAGAAUCCACACUGGGGAGAAACCUUAUGAAUGUAAUGAAUGUGGAAAGACUUUCAGACAGAGGUCUAGUUUUGCUGAACAUCAAAAAAUUCAUUCUCGAGAGAAACCUCAUGAAUCUCAUGAAGAUAGAGGGCUUUCUCGGCAGCUCAAUCUUGCUGAACAUCAGACUAAUCACACUGAAGAGAACCCUUAUCAAUACCUCCGGACUCCACUCCCAGGCUCCGCUUCCACCUGGGCCACACCCACCGGCCGGUCACCUCCCAGCGCCCCCCGCGAGGUUGGGGCCUCUGGUCGCGGAGCCGGGUCCGACCGGGAGGAGGCAGUGGAGAUUCCCAGGAAUCCAGCGAUUCGCAGCCAGAAGGAGUUUAGUUUCGUGGGGGACGUGAAGACGCGGCUCCGACUGCGCGCUCGGAGGCGUCUCCGCGUCCAGGCCGCCAGGUUCUGCCUUGUGACUGCGAGGAGCGGGGCGGGCCCUUCGUUCCCGGCGGAUCCGGAGCAGAAGCCGCGUCCUGAAGCCCCAAACCGUAAGCCUUCCUCCCCCGCCUCGGAGCUGCUCGGGCCCAGGCGCUGGCGGCCCCUCCUGCGCCUCAGUCGGCACUUACUCCCGGCUGCCCGCCGCCGAGCCGGCUCUGGGCGAGGCGGGAGGGGGCCACACGUCCGGGAGGUGUCCACACGUCCGGGUCACACCCUGACCUCUCUUUUGAGAAGUGGAAACAGACGUAGGCUUUGA